GUGUUCAUGGCAUCUCGUUGCGGCUUGCAGCCUGAUAGAUUUGUGAAUACGUCAAAAAUAGCAUAGCAGUUGAAAAUUUAGUUGAAGUGUUCUAUUUUUGCGCUACCCUAUUAGUGAACUUGGGUUGAAAACUAGAAACGACGGAAAAAUGUCGGUUCAACCGGUUGCCGGUGUGCAACCGUUUCCAGCACUUGUUCCUUUUAGUGUUCCUCCCCCGGGGUUCGGAGCGGCGGCAGCAGUUGGAACAGAUCCAUCGGCCAUGCCCAUAAUACCAAUAGUAACGCCAGCGGUAAGUGAAUGGACCGAGCACAAGGCACCAGACGGCAGGACUUACUACUACAAUAGUAUAACAAAACAAAGCCUUUGGGAGAAACCUGACGAACUGAAAAGUCCAGCGGAAAAGCUACUUUCACAGUGCCCAUGGAAGGAAUACAAAUCGGACCAGGGUAAAGUUUAUUACCACAAUGUGAACACGAAAGAAUCACAAUGGGUGGCUCCACCAGAAUAUUUAGAAUUGAAAGAGAAAGUUGAAGCGGAAAGACUAGCAGCUGAGGCCGCAAAGGCGGCUGCUUUGAAAACUGUAGGAACGGGCACGAUUUCGAUGAUAAUUCCUCCAGUAGUUUUACCGGUAAUGUCACCGGCUCUCGCCACUAGUGAUUCUAUACCAUCACUAUCCGGAGUAACACCAGGUUCAGCAGAGAAUUCGUCAUCAGCAUUGGAUCAAGCAAUGGCCGCAACUCUGGCUGCCAUCGAAGUACCCGAAGAUCCUGCUCCUAAGAAGGAAGAGGAAGAAAAGCCCCCAGUCGAGGAGGAGCCUGUGGUUGAGUUUAAGGAUAAGAAAGAAGCGAUUGAGGCGUUCAAAGAAUUCUUAAGAGAAAAGAACAUUCCAUCGAGUUCAAGUUGGGAGCAGUGCGUGAAAUUGGUACAAAAAGAUCCAAUGUUUAAUGUAUUCAAAAAACUACAAGAAAAAAAGCAAGCUUUCAAUGCAUACAAAACACAAAAACAGAAGGACGAAAAAGAUGAACACAGACUAAAGGUGAAGAAAUCUAAGGAAGAGUUGGAAAAGUUUUUGAUGACCUCUGAGAAAAUGAACGCUUCCUUGAAAUAUUAUCGAUGUGACGAAAUGUUUGCUAGUUUGGAUGUUUGGAAAUCUGUUCCGGAACAAGAUCGUAGAGAUAUUUAUGACGAUUGCAUUUUUAAUUUAGCGAAGCGUGAGAAGGAAGAGGCUCGAAUUCUGAAGAAGCGUAAUAUGCGAGUUUUGGGAGAAUUGUUGGAAGCGAUGACCUCCGUUACAUAUCAGACUACGUGGUCUGAAGCGCAAGUUAUGCUGCUUGAGAAUUCAUCCUUCAAGAACGAUGUGAAUCUACUUGGUAUGGACAAGGAGGACGCUUUGAUAGUAUUUGAGGAACACAUCCGUACUUUGGAACGAGAAGAAGACGAAGAUAAGGAGCGUGAGAAGAAACGGUUGAAGAGACAGCAGCGCAAGAACCGAGAUCAGUUCUUAGCUCUACUGGAUGGGUUGCAUGAGGAAGGGAAGCUUACGUCAAUGUCUCUGUGGGUUGAGCUCUAUCCGAUUAUCUCUGCCGAUUUGAGAUUCUCGGCGAUGUUGGGACAAAUUGGUUCUACACCUUUAGAUCUGUUUAAAUUCUAUGUGGAAAAUUUGAAGGCACGCUUCCACGACGAAAAGAAAAUUAUUAAGGAAAUCCUGAAAGAAAAGGAAUUUUUUGUCGUCUCGGGUACAACUUUUGAAGACUUUGCCACGGUUGUUUGUGAAGACAAGCGUUCCGCCACACUGGAUGCGGGUAAUGUUAAACUGACCUACAACUCUCUGCUGGAAAAGGCGGAAACAGCUGAAAAAGAGCGUCUCAAGGAGGAAACCCGGCGCAUCCGAAAGAUGGAAAAUGAAUUGAAAGGUGUUUGGAUUGAGUCUGGACUUUCAGCGGGAGAUGGUUGGGAAACCGCUCAAAAGUUGGUUGUUGAUUUAGAGAUCUAUGAACAGUAUGAAAAAGAAGAUAAAGUAGAAUGCCUGUGGGAAGAAUUCAUCAAGGAGGCUGAAGAUUCCUGCAGUCACCAUCACUCACGUUCUAAGAAGUCCAAGAAAAACAGAAAGCACAAAAAGAAAUCACGAUCCUCAUCGAAGUCGGAGUCCGAGGCUUCUGAAGCUGAGUACGAGAAGCCAUCGAAAAAGAAACGCAAGUCUCGUUCGAGAUCACGUUCCAAGUCAAGCGAGUCGGAAAGUGAUGAGCAGAGUGAACGCGAACGCAAACGUAAGAAGAAAAAGAAGCAUCGUAAACAUUCUCGAUCUCCUUCAUACGAGGAACCAGCAGCCGUACCGGAAACGAAAAACGGCACUGCUUCCAAGACUCCUUCACCUGAGAUUGAGCGGAAAAAGAAAAAGAAAGACAAAAAGAAGAAAGAUAAACGCCGCUCUCGUUCCGCUAGUCGAGGAAGUAGCCCCGUUCCCAGACACCGAUCUCCGGAAGCCGAUAGGAAUGGUGGCAGUGGAGGUGGAGGCGGUGGCGGUGAAUCUCCAUCUCCCAAGGUGUCGGAUGAUGCUGCGCUAUCAGAGUCCGAAUUGGAAUCGCAACGAGCGGCUCUAUUAGCGCAGCUAAACGAACAGUUGGACGAGUGAUCUUGGAGGGCAUUGAUGAUCAACUGGCUCGCAAUGGGCCGCCGAUCGAUUCAAUAAACAACAGCAAUUUACUGCAAGCUCGUAAUUGUAUCCAUUUGAUCCCAUGAAGCACUUGAAAUAUACCUAGAUGAUAACAGAGAA